AGCCAAGUGGGCCUGGCGAUUCCCGGGAAAGCGAGGGUGUCCUUCCUUUUUCUUCGGUUAGGAUUUGAUUGAUGUGAAGGGAAUCCCUAGAGAGAGCUUUAGAGAUUGAGAACGUAUGGAGAAAGUGUUGUGCUCUGCUCACGGGUUUCCCUGUUUUUUGAAGACUGGAAACAGAGAUGGCCCAAAUAAAGGCAAAAGCUUUUAUAUGUGUGGAGUCCAAAAUCAGAAGCCAUGUGGCUUUGUGCUCCCCACUGAUCUUUCUCCUUCUCAUUGCUUGGUGCAUGAAGAAUAUAUAGUGGAGCUGCAAAUUUUGAUUAAGCAAACAAAAACAGACCUGUACAGAUUGUUUUAUCGAUGCAGUAAAGGUAAAACCGAAGGGAAGAAAAUGUGUGGAAAUGUCCCCUGGCAGGAUUCAAAUACCAGUGAACUGCCAGCUAAUCCACAAUCUCAACAUACUUUGGAAUUGCUGCAUGAUCAUACAAAUGAAAGAAACCCAUUCAAAGUUUCCAGCAGGAAUCACAAGCAAUUUCCUUACAAACAAAUGAAUGAAGAUGGAGACAGAAAUUCAGGAGAAAAAGAAAAUCAGAAAAGAAAUGUUCAGACCUCUGAUGGAGAACAACCGCCCAAUUUACAGACUUUGUCUAUCAAGAAAGAAUUUUUAUCAGCCAUGCACAGAAAAAACAAAGAUUCUGAAGACAAACAUGAAAGUUUAUCCAGAGAAGAAACAAAACCUCAAAUAAAAUCAAGUGAGCCUCAGACUGAAAGCAAAAAAAAAAAACACCAAUACUAUUUCAGAGUGGGAAACCUCCAGAAGAGCAAAAAUGUACAGAAAAAACAUUUGGACAGUGAUAAACAAGAAAUUCUUGUGCCAUUCAGUGGGCAGGCAAUUGAUUCCCAGCAAGGAAAAGAUUGCAUUGAGAAAAAAUCACCUUCCAUAUUGUCUGAAGUAGCUCCUUUGCAAACGGCUAACAGCAUGGAUAAUAAAACUCUUCACAGCCAACUUUCAGCUCAGCUGAAUCAGAAGCAGAGGACUUUGAAAACAGUGAAUGUGCAAGCUCUCCCAGAUAAGGGUGAACGAUUGUUAAAGCAAGUGCAGGAACUAGAAGCUGCGCUUAGCUCUUUGAACCUGGAAGGAGAAGAAUGUACAAAGGAAGACAAUUUUUGCAGAACAGCAGAUGUGAGGCAUAAAAAGAUACAGCCUGAUCUGUUCACCAACCUAAUGCAGCCAUGUGCUCUCACUGGGAAAGAGCCACAGUUUUUCAAGAAGAAUCCUGUGCCUAGUUCUUUGGAACUCCAUCUUCCUUGGGGAUCUGAUGAUUUUAAAAGGAAGAUGCUUUAUGGAGGCCCAAUGACUAAUGAUCAGCUUGAGGCAGUACAAAAUGCUACAAGUGAUGCAAUUAAUCAGCUCCACAAAUCUCUUGAAAGUUGCCCCACAGAGACGUCUAUCAAUGAAGAUCCCCCUGGAUUGAAAGUCUCUCUAUUGCUGCAUCAAAAGCAAGCCCUUAGUUGGCUUUUGUGGAGGGAGAAUCAGAAGCCAUGUGGAGGAAUUCUGGCGGAUGAUAUGGGUUUAGGGAAGACUUUAACAAUGAUUGCUCUCAUUUUGGCCCAAAAGUGUACAGAAAAAGAAAAAGAGAAGAAAUUAGAGCUUUGGAUGUCCAAACAAGGUUCUAUUGAUACCUGUUCACACAGCACCUUAAUUGUCUGUCCUGCAUCUUUGAUUCAUCAUUGGAAAAAGGAAGUGGAAAAAUAUGUAAAACAUGGCAAGUUGAAAGUGUACUUAUACCAUGGACCUAACCGAAUUAAGAAUGCUAGUAUCCUUUCUCAAUAUGAGAUUGUUAUAACUACUUAUAGUAUUCUAGCCAAGGAAAUUCCUAUACAAAAGGAAGAAACAGAUGUUGCUGAAGAUUGUCUAGUACAGGAUAAAUCAUUUCCCUUCUGUCCUCUGGUAUGCAUACGUUGGGCUCGAAUUAUUCUGGAUGAAGCCCACAAUAUUAAAAACCCCAAGGUGCAGGCCUCAAUAGCUGCUUGUAAACUGAGAGCUACUGCCAGAUGGGCUGUAACUGGAACACCCAUUCAGAACAACCUCUUGGAUAUGUACUCUUUGCUUAGGUUUCUUCGUUGUUCUCCUUUUGAUGAGUUUAAGGUGUGGAAGAGCCAAGUUGAUAAUAACACAAGAAAAGGAGGAGAAAGAUUGAUGAUUUUAACCAAGAGUCUCUUACUACGAAGAACUAAAGACCAGCUUGAUUCAUCUGGCAAGCCUUUAAUAUCUCUGCCUCAGCGUUGUGUUCAGGUGCACAGAUUGAAACUCUCUGAAUAUGAACAGUCAGUAUAUGAUGUACUUUUCAAACGAUCAAGGUCAACACUGCAGUCUUUUCUCAAACACCAGGAAACUUUGUAUAAAGGCUAUUCUGGAGACAACUCAUUUAAUAUAGGAACACAGCAGUUUAAAAUGUGUCAGCAGGAUCCCUCAGGAAAGAUGGUGAAAGACAGGCCUCCCGUCUCCACCACUAUUCACAUCCUGUCCCUCUUGUUGAGGCUUCGUCAGUGCUGCUGCCAUCUUUCUUUGCUGAAAGUGGCUCUUGAUCAGGCUAAUGUGAAUAGCGAAGGCAUCUCUCUGUCAAUGGAAGAACAACUCAGUGCUUUAACUCUCUCUGAACCUGAUAGCAGUGAUCCACUCUCAAUGGUGAAUCUCUUUGGUACAGCUUUUAGUGCUGAUCUUUUUGAAAUGGCCAAGCAGAGCACCAAGGUUUCCCAUCUGUUAGAAGAACUGAAGGGAAUUCAAAAUCAUUCUCAAAAAUGUGUUGUUGUAUCUCAGUGGACAAGUAUGCUAAAAAUUGUGGCAAUACAUCUUGACAAGCUUGGCCUGAAACAUGCCACAGUGGAUGGUUCAGUGAACCCAAAACAGAGGAUGGAUAUCGUUGAAGAAUUCAAUAAUAAUCCUAAAGGAACCAAGGUGAUGUUGAUUUCACUUCUGGCUGGAGGUAUUGGCCUUAAUCUGGUUGGAGGAAACCACCUCUUCCUUCUAGACAUGCAUUGGAAUCCAGCACUAGAAGACCAAGCCUGUGACCGCAUUUACCGGAUGGGGCAACAGAAGGAUGUUAAGAUCCAUAGGUUUGUCUGUGAAGGAACUGUGGAAGAAAAGAUCUCAGAGCUGCAAACCAAGAAAAAAGAAUUAGCCCAGAAGGUGUUGUCAGGAAAAGGAGAGUCCAUCAGCAAGCUCACUCUGGCUGAUCUCAGACUUCUGUUUGGCAUUUAGCUGUUCAUUUUUUAAAAAAAAUGUCUUCAGGCACACAGAAUAAGUGUGCAUUUAAUAAAUUUUAUUAAUAAAAUGGCUGAAUAUUA